AUGGCGAUAGUCGUGAAGGCUGAUCUGUUUAAACUCGGUAAUCUAAUCGACGUGGAUGACCUGCGCCUUGGAGUUGAACAGUACGAAGACCAAGAGCCUUGUAAGGCUACAGCAGCCGGAGAUGAGUACAGAAUAUUUGCAGCACUAUCGGACUGUGGAACCAAGCAUUUGGUAAUUGUUUUGUUUGUUUCAGUAGUUGACUUCUUGAAACAACCUUCCCUAAAUGUUGUUUUGUGAAUCCACAGAUGAACAAAGACUCCUUGAUCUACACAAACCUCCUGAGAUAUACACCCAGAACUACUCCAGAUGGGGUUAUUCGAAUGGAUGGUGCUGUAAUCCCAAUUGAGUGUCAUUAUGAAAGGUGAGUUUAGGCUAUACUGUUGUAUGACGAUCAUAUGAAUACUGCAUAGCCCUGUUGGUUUGUUUACCGGCCUGUACUUUUUGUUUCAGGAAGUAUAGCUUGGACAGUGCCUCUCUCCAGCCGACCUGGAUCCCCUUCACCGCCGCAGUGUCAGCUGAAGACACCCUGCAGUUCUCAUUGAAGCUUAUGACAAGUGGGUAUUAAAUCCUGGAAUGCAUUGAAUAGGGUACAACUUUGUUGACCCUUCAGAUAAUUAAAAGGAUACCAUCGCGCUCUCCCAGCAGCUUGGUUGAACCCGUGAAUAGAAUGUUCAUAUAUAUACUAUGUAGCACAAAUGCCCAUCUGACAUGCAAAAUACGCAAUCACAUCCGACAACGUUAUUAAUGACAUUUCCAUCAGUAAUGUUAUAUAGUUUGCCUACUAAAUAUGGCCCUGUUAAAAAAAAAACUAAUUUUAACCUAUUAGAUGUUAACUAGUUCAGCUCCUUUUGUCAAUGUAUUCUGUCUGGGGUCGCUUUAAAGAGCGACGCGCGAUAACGUUAAAAGGCAUCGUUGCAGUACGGUUUUGGGAACGUAUCUUUCAUAUCAGCGAGACAUAUUCAAAAAACAAAGUUAAAUUACUACAGCUUUUAUAGGUUUCCCUCAGACAUUUCCAUGUGACAGCGCUUGUUAAUGGAAAACAUACAGAAGGCAGAGGCGUACCUGUGGUAAUUAGUUAUCUGUAUCUUCGAACACCUGGGUAAACGGAAGACUGACGCCACAAACGUGUUGUCACUGAAAUACUGUCGGCUACAACUGUUACUGUGUUUUGCAGGUGUGAAAUUACUUUGUAAUUUGAAAUAAGGCUUUGUUUCUAGAACCAUACUGCAAUUGAAAAUGUAAUCACAUUUAGAUGCUUUUGCUGCCAGAGGCAAUUCACAUCUAAACAGAACAUGUAAGGUCCUUGGACUAUAAGGAGUAACAUUAGGCUCCUUUUUAGUUCAUUAUUGGAUAACCUGUCUUUACUGCCACUUCCUGUCCAGGUGACUGGCUCUAUGAGCGGGGUUCUGGAGUCUACUUCCUGGGUGAUCCCAUCAACAUGGAAGCGUCUGUCAGGGUUGCUCACCACACCAGGCUCAGGGUCUUUGUUAGCAGUUGUGUGGCCACACUGGACCCCGACAGCAACUCUGUCCCCAGAUAUGUCUUCAUUGAGAAUGAUGGGUAAGCAGGGGGGGAAAAUGGCUUAUCAAACUAGUGGCUACAUAGAAUGACUUUUCUGGCUGGCCCAUAGAGAAUGAUAGAGGCCUCUUGGGACAAACGCCAUUUGAGGGCUUCUACCAUUUAAGACAACUGGGUGGGGAUAUCAAUGGGUUGUAGCCUCGAUGGUGCUGUCAUACUCUAUAAUGGAACAGAUAUAAAGAUGAGUGCGCUGUCCCUGUAUAAACUAUUUUCCCCGACAUGGUGCUUGGCGGUUUCUUUGAGGGUUCUUCAUUGGCUACCAAGGAAGAUGAACCAAUGCCCCAGUAUGUAUUUUCUAUUGUCUCCCUCCAGGUGCUUGAUGGAUUCCCAGCUGCCUGGUUCCCACUCUGGUUUCAUGCGUAGAACCCAGGACAACAAGCUCUGGUUCCACAUUGAUGCCUUUAGGUUCCACCAGGAGGACAGGGCAGAGGUGAGGGCAGUAUUUUAAAAACUAGAUGUUGUGGAGGGCAUUAUGGGUACUGUAGUUGGUAAAUGAUGCUACAGUAACAUUUACAGCCAUUAUGUAGGCUACUGUGAUUCUGUAUCUUUGUUCUACUCAUCCUGUUUUUUUUUAUAGCUGUACAUCACCUGCCACCUUAUUGCAGUCCCUGUCAUGGACCAUGCAGAGCCUAGCAACAAGGCAUGCUCCUUCAUUGAUGGCAGGUGUGAGAUGUGAUUUAUUUCCUUAGCUACUCUUACUGGGCUGUGACCUAUCCACUGGCAUAACCAUAGCAUUUGUUAAAAUUGUUCCUUGAAUACUUCUUUCAUACAUUUCAGAUGGAGGUCUGCCGACGAGAAUGAUUUGCUAUGUGGCCGUUGUCUAAGCCUGAAGGGGGUUGAUCAAGCUCCAGCACGACGUCCCCUCAGUCCAAGACUAGGUGGUAGCCGACCUGAACCUCGUGGCUACAGCAGCGAGUCCCCAGCUUCUGGUGACAAUUGGAGGAUUGGGAUGAAGGCCAAGAAAGGUGUAUUUGGCAUCUUAAUCCCUCUAUUCCCCCUCCCCUCCAUCUCAAAACACAUUGCAGAAGAGGGUUCAAAGGGCGGGACCUCCAUGGUAGAGAUGGGAAUUGAGGAAGGACUAAUUGAAAGUGUCUUCACUGCAAAUGUGUUAGUGACGCUUACCUUGCCUGUGUCCUUUUAGUAUGGGACCAGGAUACUACUUUGGGCCCCAUGAUGGUCUUCCCAACUAAACAGAAGAGUACACCUCUAUCUCCACGGAUGAGGGAAGGUAUCGAUAUACCUGGCUUCCACUCUGCAACAGGGGACCGGAGGCCCGUAUCACCUGGCAGUCGUUGGAAGAGUGGCAUGGACUUCAAGAGGGGUAAUGUGACUAUCUGAAAUGGCAUGACCUUAUUCCUUAUGUAGUGCACAACCUUCAAACCGGUAGUCUUGCUAACCCAACUCCAGGCAACCGCAGUGACUAGGGUCUGGUUUCAAUGACUGACUCGUUUGGCAAUUUGGUGAGAAAAUUAAUAAUCUGGGGUGGGUCCUCUUCACAGAUGGCUCCCAACAAAUCACGAGGCAGACAUAACAGAACAUCAUGAUUUGAAACCAAAUUUGGCAGGGAACCUUUACAGUGGUUUUAGUGAAGGUAGUUUAUGCAAACUAGCCACUUGCAAAAUGCACUCAUUUAUAAAUAACCUCUGCUCCAUCUUGCUAGCUACUAUUUUGUAUUUAUUCAAAGAGAUAAGGUAGUGAUUUAGGCAGACUUAGUUCCUCUAUGUCAAACUGACAUUCUAUUACGUACAGAAGUGUUAAGCCAGUGACAUUUGUGGAAGGCAACCAGGAUGUCUAGACUACUGCCCAGACCAUGAGGCACUGGUCAAAAGUAGUGCACUCUCUAGGUAAUUGGGUGCCAUUUUGGACACUUGUCUUUUCAUAUCCAUAUAGGCUAGCAAUUCUGGCAACACUGGCUGUGUUAACCUGUUACAUUUAAUUCCAGGACCUAAUUUCGCCCAAUCCCAAAAUUCGGGUAGUCCCUUGGGCCUGAGGGUUGGACCCAACAACAAGCAUGGCUUUGUUAGCUCUGCAACAUAUGAUGGCUUCAUCAGGCAGAAAGAACUAAUUGCCCAAAGAGGUAAUGACCGUACUUUACUGUUUUGCAUGUAUGACAAUUGCAUGUAGGCUCUGUGCUAAAUAGUCUGUCCUCAGAGCUGGAGCCCACUCCAGACCCAGAGUUGAUUCCUACACCUGAGCCCAUUGAAGACCUUGGAGCAAAGGUUACCACAGAAAGAGGGUCUGAUUCAAGAUCUGGGUGACGGAUCGGUCUAAGAUUGGAACCUAUUGAAAAGGUAUGUAUGGGCUCGUGGUACUGCAAUUUAGAAGGAAAUGACCAGGGCAUGGCAAGCAGGUUGGCAUUCAUUGGGAUGGCUCAGCAGAAUGGUCACUAGCUGCCACAAAGUAAUAAGAUCUGAUUUUUUUUUUUUAAACCUUAACCACACUAAUGCCUAACUUUAAAUUAAGACCAAAAAGCAUACAUUUUUACAAUGUAGCCAAUUUUGACUUUUCAGCUGGCACAUCUAGUGGAAAUUGCUCAGUUCCGCCUCCAGGACAAGACCCGUCCCAAUAAAUGCCAACCUGCACAUGGCAUUUGCCAGUAUCACUUGUACAUAUCAGCCUUCAGAGCUUUUGAUGUGGUUUCAUAAAGAAGUUAUGAAAUGUUCCAGUCCACUAACACUUUUGUAUUUCUAGAAUUGAAGGUGCGGUUGCAGUGUUGGCCCAUAUUAGACUAGCUCCAAACAGCAGCACAUUCCAACUCACUGAGGGUGGUGCCGAUCCUGAUGUCCCAGCACACAAGGAGGAUGACCCUACAACUAUCAGCACCACCACAUCUGCUCUUGGAGAACUCAACCAGUGA